AUGUCAGCGAUACAAGUCAUCGAACCAAAAGCCAGCAGGAUUAUUACAAACACCUUAUAUGCCCAACGUUUCGAGACACUAAGCAUCGACCUUUUUGGACCAUUGCCCGAGGGACCACAUGGAGAAAAGUGGACCUUCAUAGUCGAAGACAACUCAUCAAAGUGGGUUGCGUUAUUUGCCUUAAAGAGAGUCACCGCCGAAGAAUGCGCACGGACUCUCAUCGACGAAGUAUUUUUCCGGUAUGGUUUGCCUAGAAAAGUGAUUAGCGAUAACGGUGUACAGUUUGUGUCAGCCGUCAUGCAACAAGUAUGCUAUAUACUAGACAUCAAGGAAACGCUUAUACCAUUGUACCACGCAUCAGCAAAUAUGGUUGAAAGGAAAAACAGAGAUCUCAAACCAAGACUAGCAAUGCUUGUUAAAGAAGACCAUGGUUCAUGGCCCGAGAAACUGGCGACGAUCAGAUUCGCUAUGAACAGCGCAUGGAAUGAAACAACUAAGCACUCUGCUGCUUACCUUACCUUUGGGAGAGAAUUAAGGACCCUCGAUGACAUCAACAAAGAUUUCCGCGUAAUAGCAAAUACGGACAAUUUCGUACCACAGAUCGCCCCUUAUCUUCAGAAAAUUGCAAGAACAUGGAACGAAGCUAAAGAAAGCCACGAAAAGCACCAGGAUCGACACAAGCAGUAUGCUGAUUCGAGAAGAUCAAACCCGCCAACUUUUCAAUUAAAGGACAGAGUUUGGGUUAAGACACAUGCAUUGAGCAACGCAGCCAAAGGCGUGACAGCCAAAUUUUACCCGAAACGAGAUGGCCCCUACGAAAUAAUCAGAGUUGUAUCACCCACCAGUUAUGAAGUUGCCAGUCCAGACGACUUGAAAAAGACCCUUGGAGUGUAUCAUGUCUCCUCGUUAACUCCUGUAAAUUCCGCUGAGGACGAGAAAGCAGUCGUUAGUUUGAAGAGACGAGGACGACCACCAAAGAAGAUAUCUGGUUCCUCCUCGAGCCGAGUUCGAAACUAG